GUCCGAUGUUUUUCAAUCAUUGCUUCAGGCAAUUGACGACAAUGGCCCCAACAACGAGAUGGAUCGUCGGGAUCAAGGCCUGGAUCAAAAGAGGUGCCGGACACUACGUCCCCUGCUACUUGCCAAUCAGCACUCGAGCGCAUUCUUCGACCAGAUACAUUAUCUUCGACGUUUCAUCGCCACAGGGGUUCCUUGCGCUUGCCUUUGGCCUAGUAAGGAUCGCUCGGGCAGCGAUCCUGGUUUCACUCCUACAAGACCUUGGAAUGGGACGAAUCACGAUCAUACGCUGUGGUGAUCUACGAGAGAAAACGACUGAGCGUCGUGCAUCCAUAGAAGAUUGUGGCAACAUGGAACGCACCUUUUGUCCCCCCCCAUGGCACCGGAAUGCGCCCUUCCAGGCGUCCGGUUGUGUCCUCCGAUAACGAAGAACGAUCCCUGCAUUCACCAGUUAACGCAGCCUCUCAAAUAGCACACCGCUCAACUCCACGCAUUUCACCCCUGCAAUGAGCAUCCUAUAUGUGAUCGUUGUCCGUGGCGCUAGCGGCUCCCAGUGCUUGCGCAUGCGGCGGACCGGGGACCACGCGUCGGUUCCAAUCGACCACAAAUCCUGCGUAAUGCGCAUUUGACGCACAAAUCAACGCGGUCCGGAUCCAAGCCGGAAGAGUGGCGAUAACAGUCGGAGAAGUAUAAAGAUCCCCGAAGCAGCUUUGUUCUAUCGUAGACGGGCAGGGGAAUCAUCUCGACCAUUCCGGGUAUCUCUUGAACAGGGCAUGGCGCAAAGGAACGUCCUCGAGACCAUCGCCCAGGAAAUCAAGGCGGUCGCGAGGGGGCUCUUUGCGGCUGGCGAGGCGUUGGCAAUGACAGUCGUCCUUGCAUAUCGAUGGGCCGCUCGAGUGCGCCAAAGCCGCUUCUGAGUCCUGGACGUGCUUGUAUAUGAGAAGAACAUACCAUUCUCCGCGACCCGGAAAUUCUUGAGCAGAAGAUUCGGAAGUCUGUCCGGUCUGUCCACCAAUGAUCACAGGUACAUUCGGAGAUUCUUGGCACCCAUGCAUGAACCCCACCGGCCGCCCCUCUCCCCCAAAGCUUCUUCCCUCGUCCGAAUUGCUGAACGUGGCGCGCGUUGGGCUCGAAGGGCCGCCGGUUGAACUCAGGAGGUCGGGUAUCUCACUUUUGUGAAUGCAUGACCAGGGCGAAUACAUUUCUGAGAGUCGAGUGGAGGCGGUUGCUGGCCAAUCAUGCUGACACAGGAGGGAUCUAUCAUUUUACAUGAGCCCGCCGGCAUUUCAGCAUCAGCUCGAGUCAAGCCGGCAGCGCCCUCUGUGCAACAGCCAAGCAUGACCGUGGCAGGCACUCUCUCGCGAUGAUUCGGAGACCUGAUGGACUGCUCAUCGCGCGGAGAACCUCUCUUUGGCCACGAAGUGGGACCACUGGCACUCCACCAUCGCAAUAUCCGUGUGUGUACUCUUAUCUGAGCAAUCGUCUCCUCAUUCUCCUUCCUUUGUCCAUGUCCAGCCCUCAAUCGAAAUCUUCGGCAACGAUGAAUCGGGUCUUGUCGCGUGGGGCUUAUUCUGAUGACCUAUCUCAUUGCCUGUCCCAGCGCUCA